AUGGCCGAAUCUGAUAAAAAAGAAAAAAAUGGAAGCGAUUUAGAAACGGAUAAUACAUUAAGUGAACUGAGUUUAUCAAGUUCGAUAUCACGUGAAUGUUUUAUUUCAAUUCAUUUUGCCGAAACAAGCUUGGAAAAAAUGGAAACAUAUUUUUUAAAAGAACAAUUUACAGAUGUUGUUUUAAUUGCUGGAAAACGACGAAUUCCAGCUCACAGGCUUGUUUUAAGUGCAGGUUCGGAAUAUUUUGCAGCCAUGUUUACUAAUAAUUUAAAAGAAGCUUCACAAACUGAAAUAGAACUUCAUGAUGUCGAUGGAGAUGUUCUUUGGUCAUUAAUUAAUUAUUGUUACACUGGAAAAAUUGAAUUGUUUGAAAAUACAGUUGAAACCGUUUUAGGUACUGCUUGUUUACUUCAGUUAUCAGAUGUUGUAGAAGCCUGUUGUACAUACCUUAGAGAACAAUUACAUCCGUCCAAUUGUAUUGGUAUAGGAGUAUUUGCUGAUUCGCAAGGUUGCAGAGACCUUUUACUAGCUUCACAGAAUUACACAGCAGAACAUUUUUUAGAAGUCAUUAAAAAUCAAGAAUUUCUCAUGUUGUCAGCGGAUGAAGUUGCCAAACUAUUGGCUUGCAAUGAUCUCAACGUAUCCUCCGAAGAAGUUAUUUUUCACGCAUUAAUGUCUUGGGUUGAAUAUCUUCCUGACAGAACUGCUCACGUUGGCAAAUUAUUAAGUCUUGUUAAACUGCCAUUACUUUCCCCAUCUUUUAUUGUAGAUCAUAUAGAAACAAUUCCAUUAUUCAAGGACAAUCCAGAGUGUCGAGAACUUAUUAUGGAAGCAUUUAAAUAUCAUUUGCUACCAGAAAGACGUUCAAUGUUACAAUCUCCCAGAACGUGUCCUAGAAAGAGCACAAUUGGAGAUUUGUACGCUCUCGGUGGAAUGGGUGCCAAUAAAAAUGUCGUAAGUGUUGAAAAAUAUAAUGUGAGAACGGAUACGUGGUCUCGUUUCGAUAAAUUAAGUUUUAGGAGGCUACAGUGCGGAGUGGCCGUAGUCGAUGAAAAACUUUACGUGGUCGGGGGUAGAGAUGGAUUAAAAACAUUAAACACAAUUGAAUGUUACGAUAUUAAAACUAAAAGUUGCACAAACUUACCCCCCAUGUCAACGCCGAGGCACGGUUUGGGUGUUGCUGUACUCGAGGGUCCAUUGUACGCAGUGGGAGGUCACGACGGAUGGAGUUUUCUCAACACGGUCGAAAGGUGGGAUCCGCAAACUAAGACGUGGUCGUUCGUUACUCCCAUGUUAACACAGAGAUCUACGGUCGGAGUGGCUGUCUUGAACGGAAAGUUAUACGCUGUCGGAGGGCGAGACGGAAGUUGUUGUCUGAGAACUGUCGAAUGUUACGACCCUCACACGAACAAAUGGGUCGUAUGUGCUUCCAUGAUCAAAAGAAGAGGCGGAGUAGGCGUAGGUGUUCUUAAUGGUUAUUUGUAUGCAUUGGGAGGUCAUGAAGUACCCGGAUUGAAUCCAUCAGCAGCGAGAUUUUCAUGCGUUGAAAGGUACGAUCCAAAAGCUGAUUCUUGGGUAACGGUGGCGUCCAUGAGCGUUGGAAGGGAUGCCAUAGGUGUUUGUAUUUUAGGCGAAAGAUUGUUUGCCGUUGGAGGAUACGAUGGGAAAUGGUAUUUGAAACUAGUCGAAGCUUACGAUCCACAGAAAGACGAAUGGCAAGAAGUUUCACCUUUAAUCAACGAAAGAGCGGGAGCUUGCGUUGUUUUAAUUAAAUCUACUUGA